GAUACGACACUUGUCAAUUUAAACAAGUUAUCAAUAAAAUCGUUUACCAGUUUUGUUUCUGUGCAGUGUAAGGUAAUAUGCGGUUUCCUACAUAGUAUACGUUCAUACUGCAAAGAAACAAGCAAAUUCGAUUAGAAUUGAAAAUGAUAGCGGAAUUAAUUAGGUAGCUAUUAAUCAGAAAUGGGUGAACUAGGAAAUAACAAUCUUCUGCAUUUAGGGGACAUAGUCUCCCUUUAUGCAGAAGGGACUGUAUCAGGGUUCUUAAGUACCCUAGGCCUGGUUGAUGACAGAUGUGUUGUAUGUCCAGAAGCUGGGGAUCUGGCCAACCCCCCCAAAAAGUUUAGAGAUUGCCUGUUCAAAAUAUGUCCUAUGAACAGGUAUUCAGCUCAAAAACAAUUUUGGAAAGCUGCUAAGCAGAGUAUGGGCUCAAAUACUGAUACAAGUUUAUUGAAAAGAUUACAUCAUGCAGCAGAAAUAGAAAAGAAACAAAAUGAAACAGAAAAAAAGAAACUGUUGGGGACAAAUGUUCAAUACGGAAACGUGGUACAGCUGCUUCAUUUGAAGUCGAAUAAAUUUUUGACCGUAAACAAACGGCUGCCAGCUCUUUUGGAAAAGAAUGCAAUGCGCGUGUACUUAGAUAGUAAUGGCAACGAAGGUUCUUGGUUCGUAAUUAAGCAAUUUUAUAAGUUAAGAGCCGUCGGCGACAAUAUCGUGUUGGGCGAUAAAGUGAUAUUAAACCCGCUGAACACCGGGCAGCAAGUUUUGCACGUGGCGGCCAAUCACGAGCUUGUCGAUAACCCGGGAUGCAAGGAAGUGAACGUGGUGAACGGAAGCACUUCCUGGAAGGUGACCUUGUUCAUGGAACACCGCGAGAAUUCGGAGGAGGUACUUAAAGGCGGCGACGUGGUGCGUCUGUUCCACGCCGAGCAGGAGAAAUUCUUGACCAUGGACGAGUACAAGAAAACGUACCACGUGUUCUUGCGCACCACCGGAAGAACCAGCGCGACCGCCGCGACCAGUAGUAAGGCGUUGUGGGAAAUCGAAGUGGUCCAACAGGAUCCGUGCAGAGGCGGCGCCGGGCGUUGGGACUCGAUUUUCCGCUUCAAACACCUCGCGACCGGGCAGUACUUGGCAGCUGCAGCUGACACAGACAAUGACGCGACCACCACCGAGGGAAAUGCAAAUCACAAGCAGCAGCAGCAGUCGGAAUCAACGGACAACCCCCCUUCCUAUCAGUUAGUGCCGGUGGCGUAUUCCAAUGAACUGGCCUCUCUGUUUGAGCUGGAUCACACCAGCUUGACCCGUAGCGACUCUCUAGUACCCCAAUCGAGUUAUGUGAGGAUGCAGCAUUUAGUGACUAGAAGCUGGGUGCAUUCGACCUCAAUUCCCAUUGACAAGGAGGAGGAAAAACCGGUCAUGUCGAAAGUCGGUUGCGCCGUAGCAAAGGAAGAUAAAGAAGCGUUUGCUCUAAAACCAGUGUCUCCUGUUGAAGUACGCGACCUGGACUUUGCCAACGAUGCUUGCAAGUUACUUUCUUCUCUAUCUGUCAAGUUGGAGAAUGGCACAAUAUCGCACAAUGAAAGAAGAUCCUUGACAAGCCUACUCCAAGACAUUAUAUACUUUGUAGCUGAGCUGGAAAAUGAGCAAAACAAAACGGAAGCGUUGGAGUUAAUUGUUACAAAUCCUAAUAGGGACAGGCAAAAAUUACUUAGGGAACAAGCCAUUCUAAAACAACUAUUCAAAAUCCUGCAAGGCCCUUUCCUGUCCAUUAAUGGCGAAGAGCCCUUUUUAAAAAUCGAAAUGCUUAACGACCCACGUUAUGCCCCCUACAAAUACAUAUUCCGUUUGUGCUAUAGAAUUUUACGUUUAAGUCAGCAAGACUACAGGAAAAACCAGGAAUACAUUGCGAAACAUUUUGCUUUCAUGCAAAAACAAAUUGGUUACGACAUUCUCGCCGAAGACACAAUAACUGCCCUCCUUCACAAUAAUAGAAAGUUACUGGAAAAACAUAUCACCGCCGCCGAAAUAGAGACGUUUGUCGGUCUAGUGCGCAAAAAUAUGAGCAAUUGUGAAUCCAUAUUUCUAGACUACCUCAGCGAUCUAUGUAUCUCGAAUAAAAAAGCAAUACCCGUUACUCAAGAGUUAAUUUGUAAGAGCGUUUUAAGCCAGAAAAAUUCCGACAUCCUUAUAGAAACUAAAAUGAUGAAAACCCAGGUGGAAAUCCAGGAAGAUACGCUGGAUAAUGAAGAUGAAACCGACCCCGAAGUAACAGUUAUAGAGGAGUGCCAAAUAUAUCUUCUCUGGGGAAACAAGCAAAAACCUCUCAUAGAGUUAUGCAAGAACGCUAAAAUGGGCGUAAAAGACGACCAAGCCAUAUUAGACUAUUACAAACACCAACUGGAUUUGUUUUCUAAUAUGUGUCUAAACAGACAGUACCUUGCUCUUAAUAACUUAUCGCCUCAUUUGGAUAUAGAUCUGAUUUUAAAAUGCAUGGAAGAUGAGAGCGUUAGCUUCGACUUGCGGGCUUCGUUUUGUCGGCUAAUGCUUCAUUUGCACGUCGAUAGGGAUCCACAGGAAUCGGUUACGCCGGUCAAAUAUGCCAGGUUGUGGUCGGAAAUUCCUUCACAAAUGUCCAUUAAUGAUUAUGAUACAAACAAAAACCCGGAUCCUAACAAGGAAGCAGUAAGGGGUAGAUUUAAUUCAACCAUAGAAUUUGUAGAAGACUACCUUUGCAAUGUGGUUGCCAAGAUGUGGUCAUUUGCUGAUCAAGAACAGAAUAAGUUGACGUUUGAAGUUGUUAAAUUGGCUAGAGAAUUAAUCUAUUUUGGAUUUUAUAGUUUUUCUGAUUUGCUUAGAUUGACUAAGACUUUGUUGAGUAUUUUGGAUUGCGUGUCUGAAAAAGAUUUCAUGGAAGGGGGAGUACCGUCAAGCGACAUGACUUCUGGGGAGAAAAUACGAGGCGAACGAGCUGAAGGGGGGGUUCUAAGGACCAUGAGAGACAUGGGAACCGUCAUGACUUCAUUAGCAUUAGGUCCAGCUGGAAGUAGUGUGGUUACUACAAAUUCUGGACAGCAUGGAAAAGCAUCACAGUACAUGAAAGAAUAUCCACUUGUGAUGGAUACUAAACUAAAGAUCAUAGAAAUUCUUCAGUUUAUUUUGGACGUGCGCCUAGAUUACCGCAUAAGCUGCCUGCUGAGCAUUUUCAAGCAAGAGUUCGAUGAGUCGGAGAAAAACAGUUCCGGGGAUGUAACUUUAGGGCAAAAAAACAUCGAUUUAGAAUUGAUUGGGAGCCAAGCUGAAGGCAUAUUUGGAAGCAGCGAGGAGUGCGCCGUCUUAGAUCUCGAUGGUUACGGAGGUCGCACUUUUCUUCGAGUUCUCCUACAUUUGACCAUGCACGAUUAUCCAUCUCUGGUGUCUGGAGCGUUGCAUCUGCUGUUCAGGCAUUUUAGUCAACGCCAGGAAGUCCUGCAGGCCUUCCGGCAAGUUCAGUUAUUAGUUUCGGAUAGCGACGUGGAGUCCUACAAGCAGAUAAAAGCGGAUUUGGACGUGUUAAGACAGUCGGUGGAGAAAUCAGAGUUGUGGGUGUAUAAGUCGAAAUGCGUUGAAGAAUUAAGUACAUCCAACAAGAAGAAUAAGGACGAGGAAGAUGAAACUCCAGCGAUGCCAGUUUCCAAACCUCCAAAGAUAAGCGUUUUGGAAAAGAAAGGUUCGGCUAUAAAUUUAGACGUGGGGCCACCUCUACACCCAGAACAAGCUGACGAGUACAAAAAAAUUCAACUGAUAUUGAUAAGAAUGAAUAAGUUGUGUACUCAAGGAUCGCCAAUUGGAUUGGCUAAGCCCAGAAAGCACGAACAAAGGUUGUUAAGAAACGUUGGAGUCCACACUGUUGUACUGGACUUACUGCAAGUCCCUUACGAUGAAAAAGAGGACAUUAGAAUGAACGAACUGAUGAGAUUGGCUCACGAGUUUCUGCAAAACUUCUGCCUGGGCAAUCAGCAGAAUCAACAGCUACUCUAUAAACAUUUGGAUCUAUUUUUAAAUCCGGGGAUCAGAGAAGCCCAAACUGUAUGUGCAAUAUUUCAAGAUAACUCAAAGCUGUGCAAUGAAGAAAACGAAAAAGUCAUCCAACAUUUUGUUAGAUGCAUUGAAAGUCAUGGAAGACAUGUGCAAUAUUUAAAAUUUUUACAGACUAUUGUCAAGGCUGAGAAUCAGUUUAUAAGAAAGUGCCAAGAUAGUGUUAUGCAAGAGUUGGUGAAUGCAGGAGAAGACGUGUUGGUGUUCUACAACGACAAGGCAUCAUUUAAUCACUUCAUAGAAAUGAUGAGAUCUGAAAGACAUUGUAUGGAUGAAGGUAGUCCAUUAAAGUACCACGUAGAGCUGGUUAAACUACUGGCUUGCUGUACUAUGGGAAAAAACGUGUACACCGAAAUAAAGUGCCAUAGUCUUUUGCCAUUGGACGAUAUUGUCGCCAUGGUAACGCAUCCGGAUUGCAUACCGGAAGUAAAGGAAGCUUAUGUCGGCUUUUUGAACCACUGUUACAUUGAUACUGAAGUCGAGAUGAAGGAGAUUUACACGUCGAACCACAUGUGGGCGCUUUUUGAGAAGUCUUUUCUGGUAGACAUGGCAGACAUAGCGACUGCUCCAACAGAUAGAAAACACCCUGAUAGGGCUUUGGAAAAUUACGUAACGAAUUGCGUUAUGAACAUAAUUUCGACUUUCUUUAGUAGUCCGUUUUCUGAUCAAAGUACAACGGUCCAGAAACAUCUGCAUGAAGCACGGGUAUUCUGGAGCGACUCAACAAUGGACGAAUACGAUCCUUUCAUAGUUAAUAUACCGCUCAAACAGUCGCCCUGCGCCCCUAACACCAGGCAACCAAUUUUUGUUCAGCUAUUGCAAUCUGCAUUCAGAGUAUCGCAGUGCCCUUGGCUAGCUGCCUCACAACGCUUUAAUGUUGAAAACUGUAUACGUACACUCUCAGAAGUUGCCAAAACGAGGGGUAUUGCAAUACCUCUGGACUUGGAAAGUCAAGUCAACGCUAUGUUCACCAAAACCAACAUACUUACCAGACAGACAACCAACAAAUGGAAGGUUGCUUCCAAAACGCAGAAAAUUGAGCGAUCUCAAUCUCAACUAAUGAGACUUGACAGGAGUAUCAUAGAAGGUUUACAAGAUAUUGUUUCUUUACUAGAAGAUCAAUUAAAACCUCUGGUUCAAUCCGAAUUAUCGCUCCUUGUAGAUGUUCUUUAUCGCCCUGAAUUGUUGUUCCCACACGGCUCUGAACCUAGAAAAAAGUGCGAAAGUGGGGGAUUCAUACGAAGAUUAAUAAAACAUACUGAAAAACUGUUGGAAGAAAGAGAGGAGAAAUUGUGUGUCAAAGUUCUAAAAACUCUAAGAGAAAUGAUGGCCAUAGACCCAGAGUAUGGGGAAAAGGGCGACGUGCUGCGUAACAGUUUACUGGCAAGAUAUUUCGGUAAAGCCUUUGUGGCCAACGAAACGGUCCAGUUGGGAAAUUAUCAGAUUUCUUCCGUCAUGCAUGGACCAGGUGCCAAAAUUUUGAGUAGAGCUGGAAGAACUCUACAUGAAGUCCAGACGCAUUUGGAUAAGGAGAAGGCUUCAGAUUUGGUCGUAGAGCUGGUCAUCAAAUCUGUUAAUUCACAGAGCAUUUUUAAUGAGGCUGUAGAGUUAGGGAUUGCCCUACUCGAAGGAGGAAACCCCAUCAUACAAAAGAGCAUGUUUAAUAAGUUACUGAAAGGAGACUUAAACCAAUCAUUCUUUAAAGUUUUUAACGAUAAAAUGAAAGAUGCUCAGCAAGAAAUCAGGUCGACUGUAACGGUUAACACGUCCGAUAUCGCAGUGAAGGCCCACGAAGAUAAACAGGAUGGUAAGGAUUUGGAUAAAAUUUCGAAGAAGCCUGGCGGAAAAGUCAACGGGAUUCUUAUAAGCGACGAGCUAAGAGACGAACUUAGCAGAGCUGCUGAAGCGACAUCUCAAACAUUUGCCCAUAUACGUAACCUAGCGGCAGCCGGGGAUGAAGGGAUUGUACCGUCGAGCGCUGGCUCGGCUUUUGAAGAUCUGCUAGCUGAAAAGCACAGAGAUAGGGAAAUAGAGAAUGUUCUGUCGAACAAAAUUUUAAUUAUGCAGCCCGUUUUGCGUUUUUUGCAAUUGCUCUGCGAAAAUCACAAUCCCGACUUGCAGAAAUUGUUGAGACACCAGAGCAAUAAAAACAAUUACAACUUGGUGUCCGAGACUUUGAUGUUUUUGGAUUGCAUUUGCGGUUCUACCACGGGUGGUUUGGGACUUUUGGGUUUGUACAUCAACGAAAAUAACGUAGCUUUAAUUAAUCAAACUUUAGAGACUUUGACUGAGUACUGUCAAGGUCCGUGCCAUGAGAAUCAGAACUGCAUUGCCACGCACGAAUCAAACGGUUUGGGGAUAAUAACCGCCUUAAUCUUGAACGAUAUAAAUCCUUUGGAAAAAUCCAGGAUGGAUUUGGUUUUGGAGUUGAAGAACAACGCCUCGAAGUUAUUGCUGGCGAUAAUGGAGAGCCGCGGCGAUAGCGAGAACGCAGUCAAAAUCCUCAACAACAUGAAUCCCAAGCAGUUGGUGGAUGUGGCGUGUCGCGCUUUCCACCAAGAAAGCGCCGAGGACGAGGACGACGUCGACGACGCCAGCGUCGAGGACAUCGUCUCGCCCAAAGACGUGGGCCACAACAUAUACAUUUUGUGCCAUCAGUUGGCGCAGCACAACAAAGAUCUUGCCGCCCUGCUCAAACCAGCUGACUUCGCUACCGACCAAAAGAUGCACAAGGCCCUCAUGUACUACGCCAACCAUACAGCCCAGAUUGAAAUUGUGAGGAACGAUCGCACUCUCGAGCAAAUCGUCUUUCCGAUACCCGAAAUUUGCGAGUAUAUCACCACCGAUACGAAGAUUAAGGUUCUGAAUACCGCUGAAAGAGACGAUCAAGGCUCGAAAGUGUUCGACUUUUUCGAAAGGACCGAUCAGAUGUUCAAUGAAAUGAAAUGGCAAAAAAAAUUAAGAGCACAACCCGUUUUGUUCUGGGUUAGCAGUUAUAUGUCCCUUUGGAGUAAUAUAUUAUUCAAUUGUGCCGUGCUUAUAAAUUUAAUAGUGGCAUUUUUCUAUCCUUUUGAAAGCACAUUACCUAGAAUUAGUUCAUCAGUGUCAGUUUUGAUUUGGUUCGCCAUGUUGACGUCCGCAGCCAUAGUAAUAACGUUACCAAGGGAAACUGGUGUACGGACACUGGUAGCCUCCACCAUUCUUAGACUGAUAUUCUCUCUAGGCCCGGAGCCGACGCUGUGGCUUCUGGGCACCGUCACAAUUCUACUCAAAGGCAUACAUCUAGUCAGCAUAAUGGGCAAUCACGGCACACUUACUAAAACCUACAAACAAAUACUCACUGACGCCGAACUGGUCUACCAUUUAAUUUAUCUUGUGUUCUGUAUGCUGGGCCUCAUGAUGCAUCCGUUCUUCUAUUCCGUUUUGUUGUUCGAUGUAGUUUACAGAGAAGAAACCCUACUUAAUGUGAUUAGAUCUGUCACGAGAAACGGUAGAUCCAUCAUUCUUACUGCCGUCUUAGCUUUAAUUUUAGUUUACAUGUUCUCUAUUAUCGGGUACAUGUUCUUUAAGGAUGAUUUUAUUGUAAGCGUGAAUAAACAGACAGAUGAAGCAGAAGAGUUAAAGUCAGGUCUAACAGGCCAGAAAAUAAAUGAAGAUUUUACCGGUGAACAAUGCGAGGUGGUGGAUCCUGGAGAAGAAGCCAGAGAAAGGGCCUGCGACUCUCUUAUAAUGUGCAUCGUCACCACUUUAAACCAAGGGCUUAGAAAUGGGGGCGGAAUCGGGGAUAUUCUUAGGGCGCCCAGUAGCGAAGAGGCCCUAUUCGUUGCUAGAGUCGUAUACGACUUGCUCUUCUACUUCGUGGUGAUUGUUAUAGUACUUAAUCUUAUUUUCGGUGUUAUCAUCGAUACAUUUGCUGACUUAAGGUCCGAGAAACAACUUAAGGAAACCAUAUUGAAGAAUACCUGCUUUAUAUGCGGUUUAAAUCGUACGGAUUUUGACAACAAGACAGUGAGUUUCGAGGAGCACAUAAAGUGCGAGCAUAAUAUGUGGCACUAUUUGUACUUUAUAGUCCUUAUAAAGGUUAAGGAUCCGACUGAAUUCACCGGUCCUGAGAGUUACGUGUACGGCAUGGUGAAAGCUUUAAAUUUGGAAUGGUUUCCUAGGUUGAGAGCCAUGUCGUUGGCUGCAGUGGAGGGCGAAGGCGAACAGAUCGAGCUGAGGAGUCUUCAGGCCCAGCUGGAGAACACUCAAGUGCUGGUAACCACUUUAUCGCAACAACUAAUGGAAUUAAAAGAUCAAAUGGCUGAACAAAGGAAGCAAAAACAGAGGAUUGGACUGCUGAAUUCAGCUUCUGCUUAUCUGCAAACUUCGACGUUGCCCUGAUUAAAUGUCCCCUAGUCUAGAGCAAUAUUUGCUCAUCAAAAUGUUACUGUGUACUUCUGAAAUGCAAUACCUUUGCUUGCAUGUUACUAUAUAGUCAGUAUAGCUCAGUAAUGCUCAAGAUCUUUUAGAAAAAUAUAGAUUUAUCAACCUGUUAUGAAGAAAAAUUUUACAACAAACUACAAUUUGUGUUUUGUGUUGUGGUUAUAGGGUUGUUUUAAGUAAUGUUUCUUUACAAGAAAUAUGUUGCUGUACUUUUCAAUUUAUGUACAAAUUUUAUCAAAUAAAGUUCUAUAUUGUGUUUAA